CUGGUCAUUUUCAAUCUUAAAUUUCAGUUCUAUGCACCCGCAAGUCUUCUUUAUAAUUGUUCAUCAAUCGGUGGUGAUGACAUUGGCAAUACUUGGCAAUUUAUUUUAAUUUUUGUCAUAUUCCGUGGAAAUCAUGCUGUACGACGACGUAUUUCACCUGUUCAGCUUCUUUUACUGCAUACCUGCGCUGCCGACCUGCUCUUCGCUUUGGUCACCUUAGGCACUGAGAUAUUGACUCUGCUUUCAUAUCCUCACUUUGGUGGCUCAGACUGGUUGUGCAAAGCAAUGCGCUAUGGACAAGUGCUACCACUUUAUGCAAGUCCAUUCCUAUUGGUGGCCAUCAGUGCAGAUCGCUAUCAGAUGCACUGGUUUUCAUGGGAAUUUCCGGAAUCGGUCGACAUUUUCCAGGCAAUUUGUCGACCAUUGGCAAAUAUUCGCUCUUCAAGAUUUCGGCGACCAAAUUGCUUUGCUGCAGUGGCAUGGAUACUGGCACUGCUCUUCUCCAUACCGCAGUUGUUCAUCUGGAGAAAAAAGCAAAAUGGCGAAUGUGCGACUUUCUAUGGCAACAAAUCGCACUUUCUAAAAAAUCUCUACGUGAUUGGUUUUAACACGAUCGCCUGGCUUUUACCGUCGAUAUUCGCCGCGUUUUUCUACUACUGCGUUUGUAAAGCAGUAUGGAUGUCGCGAUCAAAAGCAGCAACUCUUCACCAAGCAAGCAUCAUGGAAGUUAAGAAGAGGUAUGUCACGAUAAUAGAGUAUAAAAUGGCUUGGCGCGGAGUUUUUAUAUCGUGGGAAAAGAAAUGGUGGUUCAGUUCAAGUAGAGGCGCAAUUAGCGUAAUGGAAUUGGCAUAUUUACAUUGGGCGAUGUGA